ACAAUGACACUGGGGUUGUUUAGAUUGGGCACUAGCUGAUGUUUCAACUUCAUGUGACCAGGCUUAAAAGAUAUGCUGUCCCACUAACCCAGCAUUGUGAUAAGAGGACACAGCUGCAUCUUAUUGUGGCGAGUCGACGCAGGCGUUAAGAGAGAAAGUUCAACACCCGUGUGAUCAUCCUAAUCGACCUUGACAGACCUCGACACGACACAAUGUCCCAACAUCACAAGGAAGCCAGGUUUAAUCCUAAACUGAGGACGGACAUGACUCCGCAGCAGAUAGCGGAGAUGUUCGACGACUUCGCCGACGACUAUGAUGAGGAAGUCCUGGAAAAGGGACUCCGGGCUCAUGAACUUGUCGGAGACUUCUUGGCCACGACCUACCCUGAGAGCGACCGGUCCAGUCUGAAAGUUCUGGACGUCGGAGCAGGGACAGGAUUUGUCGGCCUGAAGCUGAAGGCGCUUGGCUUCACCUACGUCGAUGCCCUUGAUCCUGCUCAGAAAAUGUUGGAUGUGGCAAAAACCAGAAACGUUUACCGUCGCCUGAUCUGUGCCUUCAUGGACAAAAACAGGGUCGAGGAAAUUGAAACAGACUUCUAUGACUGCAUAACGGCCACAGCAGCUUUCAAUGAGGGUUUAGUACCCUGUAAUGCCUUCGCCCAGAUGAUCAGAAUUGUUAAGCCCGGUGGACGGAUAGUUUUCACAAUCCCACAAAAGAACAUUAACAACGCUGUCGAGUACCGUGACCGGUUACUUCCCUUGAUAGACAAGCUUGCGGCAGAGGGAGCCUGGGAAGUGACUGCAAUACCUCUCGCUGACGGUCAAUUGGCCAAAAGCCUAGGUCCCGGGAUUCUUUACAGUUUGAAAGUAAACGUGUCGGAGAAAUAUUUUGAGAUUUAAUAAAGUCUCUCUUUUUAAAAUAUAUUUAUGUAUGACAUAUGACGUCAAAGAUCCAUGACUCGAGAAUCCCUAUUUGUCUCGUGCAUUGUUAGCGUUUAAAGUUUGGAAAGCACACGCAGCAUAUCGUGAUAAGAAUAAAGACCCUCUAUGGUAACACUU